AUGGAGCCAGUAAGAGAAAAAGCUUUUCAAGAUUAUCGAAAGAAGCUGAUGGAACAUAAAGAAGUUGAGUCAAGGCUUAAAGAUAUGCGAGAACAGUUAAAAGAUUUAACAAAACAGUAUGAUAAGAGUGAAAAUGAUCUCAAAGCCCUUCAGAGUGUGGGUCAAAUUGUUGGUGAAGUGUUGAAGCAACUUACUGAAGAAAAGUUUAUUGUAAAAGCAACAAAUGGUCCCAGAUAUGUUGUGGGAUGCAGGCGUCAAUUAGACAAGAACAAACUAAAGGGUGGUACUCGAGUUGCAUUAGAUAUGACUACGCUCACCAUCAUGCGUCAUUUACCAAGAGAGGUAGACCCUCUUGUUUACAACAUGAGCCAUGAAGACCCAGGAGAUGUCACCUACUCUGCUAUAGGAGGCCUGCAGGAACAGAUACGACAGCUUAGAGAGGUAAUUGAGCUGCCUUUAAUGAACCCCGAGUUAUUUGUUCGUGUUGGUAUAACUCCUCCGAAAGGUUGUCUCUUAUAUGGCCCUCCAGGAACAGGAAAGACCCUACUUGCUAGAGCUGUUGCUUCACAGCUUGAUGCGAACUUCUUAAAGGUAGUAUCUUCAGCGAUCGUCGACAAGUACAUCGGCGAGUCAGCGCGUCUUAUUCGUGAGAUGUUUAACUACGCACGAGACCAUCAGCCUUGUAUAAUAUUCAUGGACGAAAUUGAUGCUAUUGGUGGCAGACGUUUCUCUGAAGGUACAAGCGCUGACCGUGAAAUCCAACGGACGCUCAUGGAACUGCUAAACCAAAUGGACGGGUUCGAUUCCCUGGGACAAGUGAAAAUAAUUAUGGCUACAAACCGGCCAGACACGCUUGACCCCGCGUUGUUGAGGCCUGGACGUCUUGACAGGAAGAUUGAGAUACCGCUGCCAAAUGAGCAAGCCAGAUUGGAAAUCCUGAAAAUCCACGCGGCACCGAUUGCUAAACACGGCGAGAUGGAUUAUGAGGCGGUUGUCAAACUAUCAGACACAUUUAACGGAGCUGACCUAAGAAAUGUCUGUACUGAGGCUGGUUUAUUCGCAAUCAGAGCUGAGAGAGAAUAUAUUAUACAGGAGGAUCUAAUGAAAGCAGUACGUAAGGUAGCGGAUAACAAGAAACUUGAAAGCAAGUUGGAUUACAAACCCGUCUAA